AUGCGUAACAAAAAAUACAAGACCAAGUUCCCCGUCGCCCGCAUCAAGAAGAUCAUGCAGAUGGACGAAGAUGUUGGCAAAGUCGCCCAGGCAACCCCUAUCCUCAUAUCAAAGGCACUGGAGCUGUUCAUGCAGUCAUUGAUUGAUGAGGCUUGCAUGGAGACACGAUCCAAGAACGCGAAACGACUGACCGCAGCACACCUGAAAAAGACCAUCUUGGAAAAGGACCAAUUCGACUUUUUGAGGGAUAUCGUCGAGAAUGUUGCAGAUCCACAGGGCGAUGCAGGAUCCGGUCAAAAGGGAGGAUCAGGCGGCGGAGGUGGAGGUGGUGGAGCAGCAGCGGCGGCGGCGGCAGAUUUCGCAGGAGCUAUGGCUGCAGCAAGGAAAGGCGCAUCAACAAAACCCACUGCCAGUAUAAAGGGAAAAGCAACGGCAAAGGACGAUGAUGAGGACGACGACUACGACAAUGAGUAA